UGGCGGCAGGAGGAAGUAAAAAGUUUCGAAAAUCGACUCCAGAAGACUUCUGAAGUUUUCUGGGGACAACCACGAAGAAAGUGCUGUUACCUCCUACCUGACACCUGAGUGAGUCAUCAUGGCUGAGGGACAAGUUGCGGCUGGUCACACAGGUGAAACUGCAGGUUCCCCCCAACCCUGUACCAGCCAGCUGAAGAGGAAGGGGGAGGAUGGAGAAGAGUUUCCUGGGAAGAAGAAACCAGCUGCUUGUGGACAGGAGGGGUCACCAGUGGGAGGUGUUCGUAACUACUUCUACUACAUCAAGGAAAAGGUGAGCUCAGACUGGAAGGACCUGGCCUUCCAUCUUGGGUUUGAACAACCCGACAUCGACAACAUCGAAGGGAGAAACCGAGAUGACAAGUCUCGCUGUAUGGACCUGUUGGAGGAAUGGCUGAAGCGUAACGGAGAGAGAGCCACCAUAGAGGUCCUGAUGGAGGCUCUGUCUGAGGCAAACCUGCAGAGUGUUGUGGAUGGUUUGAGGAAGAAACGUCAAGAAGUGCCCUCUCCAGUUCCAGUUGGAUCUGCAGGAACAGAGUCUUCUUCAUUAACAGAUGUGUUCCAGAAGUCUGUGAAGAAGUACUAUGAGUUGAAACUGUCUCACUUUAAGCCUCUGAUCUGGAAUGACAACUUCACACUUACCCUCAGUGAUAUCUUCACCCAGUUAGAGUUGGUACCAACAAGUGAAAAACAGUUCAAAACAUCAGAACCCACCAGAGAGGAACAAAGGAAAGAACUGAAGUCAUUAGACGACUUGUUCAACCCAGAUGUCACAGGACUGUCCACAGCACCAAGGUGCAUUCUGAUUGAGGGUGAAGCCGGAGGGGGGAAGACAACAUUUCAGUCCAAAGAAGCCCUAGAUGCUGUCUCACAGAAAACAGAGCUGGGCAAGCAGCAUGACAUCACACUGUUGAUCCGACUCCGGGAGGUGAGAGAGGGGGAGACCAUAGAGGAGAUGGUGUGGGACCAGUGUGUUGAUGAAACAACAGAAGGUAUCAAAACACAGUCCAUCAAAAAAAUCCUAAAGAGAAACAAGUCCCGAGUGCUUUUCCUCCUAGAUGGGUAUGAUGAGCUGCAGCCUGAGGCCAGGGCAGCCGGGCAGGCCAUUCCCAAACUGCUGUCUGGCAAGUUGUACCCCAACAGCACGAUUGUGAUCACCUCCCGACCCUCAGCAGGAGUGCAGCAGCACACCCGGCCAGACUGCCAUGUAAACAUCAGGGGCUUCUCCCACAGACAUGUGGAGAAAUACAUGCAGCAGUAUUUCACUGUUGUUAACAAGCAGGAACUGAUAAAGACACUUUCCAAACAUGUUCAAGAUAACAAACUCUUGAACACUUUAAUCCAGACCCCAAUGUUCCUGAUGUUAGUGUGUGUGUUGUGGGAGGAGGACCAAGAGUUGGUGUCUACUGGAACAAUGACGGGGCUGUACGACAACCUGCUGACAUGUCUAGUUAGAAAGUACUGUGAGCGGGAAGGAGUGGACAUGCCAACAGAAGGGCUGCCUACAGAGGUUGCUGAGUCAUUACUGCAGCUUGGCAAGCUUGCGCUAGAGGCACUGCUGAGGAAUGAGACCCUGCUUGACCUUACAGAAGUAGAGAAAGAAAAUGUGAAUUGGGAGUUGCUGUUAAAGCUGGGUGUGGUCUCCUUGGAGGUGUCUUCAUCUAAAUUGCAUCCCAGAAAACAGCUGAACUUUUCCCAUAAGACCAUGCAAGAGUUCCUGGCUGGAAGAUAUGUUGCUCAUGCUUUGGCAAACCAAGACAUUGUAGAGCUGCUGCAGCUCACCUCCAUAACCAAGGCACUUGAACUCAGUAACCUGCUUCAGUUCACGUGUGGCUGUGACUCACGAGCAGCACAAGCUGUGAUGGAGGAACUGAGCAAGAUCAGCAGAAGGGAGUUCACACACUUGAGACCAGAUCAAUUUGAAAGCUCACAUGUUCCCAUGGAUCAAGACAUUAAAAAGUCCUGCCAAACCUACAAAAGGUUUGCAGCAUUGUGCCUGAGCAUCCUCAGUGAGAGACAAGAACCAGAAGUGCUUCAGGGCAUCAGUCAGGCCCUGCCAAUUGUCAUGCUGGACAGCUCCAUUAACAGUAGAGAAGCCACAGGUCUGCAGUAUUACAUACAAAAUCUUCAUUCAGCAAACCUGCCAGACAGGGUCAUACUUAAGGUCCCUAAAGGCACUGGCAGCAGAGACACAGUUCAGUACCUACAGCAGUGUUUUAGAACUCCACUUCCUGGACUUAGAUUGGACUUGGAACUAUCAGGACAGUUUGACUCACCUGAUGAGACAGCCAGGCUGGUUUCAGUUCUGAAUAAUGUUCCUGGUCUGAGGGCGCUGGAUCUGUCACUCACAAGACUAACACCAUCAUCACUCCAGCCACUUGUGCAGGGGUUCAGCCACAUGUCUCUGUUAGAGGAGCUGGAUCUUACUGGGAAUGACCUUGGUGAUGCUGGGAUGGAAGUCCUGCAGGUUGGGCUGUCCAGUGUUCCACACCUGGCUGUACUCCGGCUUGGAGGGGACGAAUUGUUGCCAAUUGGAGUUGGCAUGACAGCUGUGGGCAUGUCAUCCCUGGCUCCCUACAUUCGCCACCUCGUGGGACUGAGAGUACUGGAUAUAAGCAGUAAUUAUAAGAUCGGUGACACUGGGCUGGAAUCUCUCACCACCAUCCUCCCCAUCUUCACAGCUAUGCAGGUGUUGGUCCUGAGUUGGAUUGGUAUCAGCCCCACAGGCAUGCGCAUACUGGUCCCUGCACUGUGUAAGCUAACCAGACUGAUCAAACUGGACAUUAGUCAUAAUGCCAUAGGAGACCCCGGGCUGGAAUGCCUGGCUGCUAUCCUCCACCACCUCACAGCCAUGAAGGUGUUGGAUCUCAGUGCUACAGGUAUCAGUGACAGGGGAAUAUCAUCCCUGGUCAAAGCUCUGCCUCACCUGGUGCAAUUACAGGUGUUGGAUGUGAGCAGGAAUAACAUAGGAGACUCAGGGAUUGUCUCACUGGUGCAAACACUCUGCCAGCCCAGCAGUUUGGACAUGGAACAAAACCCACCUGGUGACAAGAGUCUGACCACAGCCCCUCACUGUAACACCACACUACAGGAGCUGUACAUCGGGGGGAAUAGUGGAGUAACAGGAGCCGGACUGGGGAGGGUCGCACAACUCAUCAGCACACUGCCGGCACUGACCAGGCUGAACAUGUCUGGUUAUUAUGACCCACAUGCACACCUGUCUGACACCGCUGCCAUGGCUCUAGCCGAGGCUCUACCCAGACUCCCUGCCCUGGAGUGGCUGAACCUCUAUUCGAUCUCCAUGGAGCCUGCAGGGUUCCAGGCUGUGGUGCAGGCUGCUGAGGUACACCCAACACUGGAGAGGCUGCAGUGA